GCGAGCGGGCUGGAAGCGCAGUCCGUCUGCAAGGCGCCAGCCCCCAGGCCCCCCCUCCAAAAUGGAGCUGCCGGCGGUGGGCGAGCACGUCUUCGCCGUGGAGAGCAUCGAGAAGAAGCGUAUCCGGAAGGGCCGAGUGGAGUAUCUCGUCAAAUGGAGGGGAUGGUCCUCCAAAUAUAACACGUGGGAGCCGGAGGAGAACAUCCUGGAUCCCAGGCUGCUGAUCGCCUUUCAAAACAGGGAGAGACAGGAGCAACUGAUGGGGUACCGCAAGCGAGGACCAAAGCCGAAGCCACUGGUUGUCCAGCUGCCGUCCUUUGCACGCCGCUCUAAUGUCCUCACUGGCCUCCAGGACCCUGCUAUGGAGAACAGGUCUAAGCUGGACCUUGGCGGUUCGGGAAAAAGCCAGCAGCAUCAGUACGAGCUCAAUAGCAAAAAGCAUCACCAGUACCAGCCCAACGGCAAGGACAGCGGCAUAAAGCAUCAGUCACACAGCAAAGGGAAGUACUACUACCAGCUGAAUAGCAAGAAGCACCACCACUACCAGCCCGAUCCCAAGAUGUACGAGCCUCAUUACCAGCCGAGCAGCAAGGAACCGCAGCAAGGGCAGGCCUGCCUGGAUCACAGCAAAAGCUCCUUGAUGUCUCAUUCGGACAAAUGGGCCCACGGUGCGGCAAAAAGCUUGCUGAACCCGGUGAAGAACCUGAACAGUACAGAAGGAAAGAACGGGGCAGAGAAGAACCUGUCCAGUGGCACAGGGCCGCCGCCGCUGCCACCCGCCCGGGAUGGCAUGGCCAGCAAUGGUAUCGGGGGUAAAAUGAAGAUCGUCAAGAAUAAGAACAAGAAUGGCCGUAUUGUGAUUGUCAUGAGCAAGUACAUGGAGAACGGCAUGCAGGCGGUGAAGAUCAAGUCGGGAGAGCCGGCCAAGAAGCGAGUGGCUGAGGAUAGGACUGCUAAGAAGGGAGCCGAGGACAGGCAGGAGUCCUGGAAAAAGCAUGGGGGGGAGAGAUGGCAGGCUGGUGAUGCCAAGGGAAAAUCUGGGACUGAGCCAGGUCAGGUCCCUGUCGAAGGUGGGACCAGUCCCCAAAGGGCUGCAGCACCAGGCAAAGAGCCAGCUGUCCCCGAGCCAGAGCCUCUGCAACUUACCACCAAGCCAAACCUAUCCCCGUGGUCCAUGGAGCCCAGCCAGCAAGAGCACAGCCCUGCCACCAUGGGAGUGAACCUCUCCUCCACCUGUAGCGGGCCCCGGAAACGCUGCCUCUCGGAGCCUCAUGGGGACAAGGAGACCGGAAAGAAACGCCUCACUUCCCGGAGCAUCAGUGCUCCCACCUGCUUAAGCCCUUCUGUCCCCGAGAGACCUGAGCCCCGCGCCUUGCCUGCCUCCCAACCGGAGGUCAUUCUGCUGGACUCGGACUUAGAUGAGCCCAUAGACUUGCGGUGUGUCAAGGCUCGGGGGGACAGCGAGCCUGGCCUGGUACAAGUUAAGCCAGAAACUGUGCUGCCCCCAGCAGACAAGCCCGGGCCAGAGGCUCCGAAGCAAGUGGAACAGUUUGAGGCGGAGGCGGAGGAAGACGAGGAGGAGCCCGUGCAAGAGUUCAAGCCUUUCUUUGGGAAUAUAAUAAUUACAGACGUGACGGCAAACUGCCUGACUGUGACCUUCAAGGAAUAUGUGACAGUGUGAGGAGGAGGUUCGGGCGCGGGCUCUGGGCCCUCUCCCUUGGUAGCCUGACACAUGACCCCUCCUCUAAGGUAUUGUUCUACCCAGAGAAACUCUAUGGUACGGUGUGUAGGGCUGGUCCUACCGAGAUCGGAUGCCUCCCUGCCCUGGAAGAAGAGCGGGCCGGCACAGAGAUUUGGCUAUGCUACAGGGUGGCCUUCUUGAUCGGUUGAAUCCUGCAGUGCCGUCUCCGCCCUUGGGGGGACUUGGGCAUUGGGAGAUGUUGAGGGUGGUGGCUUCCCAGUUAAUGCACGGGAGAGUUACAUAGUAUUAUAUUUUAACAGUGCUAACUUGUUGAGUGGUUCUUGCUCCCGUUUGUAUGUGGUGUUGCUGAAAAUGUAUUGUUUGAGCUGAAAAGCGGGCCUCCCUGGGUGGGCCGUGCUAAUAUAUUUAUUUGUAGGUAUUUAUAUAAUGAAAUAUAAAAAUAAAUCCUAGAUUUAUGGAGUUUCCUAGAUCGCCAUAUAUAUAUAUAAUUAUAUAAAAUACAUAUAUUAUAUAUAUAUAAACUAUAUCAAAUAUUUUCUGUUCUUCCUUUUUGAAAAAUGCCACUUGUGGCUUUGUUUUCCUUGUCCUUUCUUUUCACAAAACUGCAGGACCAUCCCUUCCUCUGGUAUAUAUUUUUUGAUACUGUCAACACAUAUUGUUUUAAAUGUGCAAAAAAAAAAUCAUUAUCUAAAGCUAAACAAGCUAUUAUAGAAACUGCUGCUACUAGAAGUGUCUAAACUAUAAGCUUCCAAUUAUUAAUUGCUUGAAUGUAAAUAUUAAAUGGAGAUGUUAAAAGUGCAUUUGAUGUUCUGCAGCUAGCCUAGGUCUGGGUUACAAAGACCAGCUGUCAAGUGGUGGGAGCCGAUGGCCACCACCUGUUGGUCUUUUGAGGGUUGUAUCGCCAAGGAAGGAAAAGUGUGUCAUGCAAUCAUUGCAAAGGACUAUAAACCUUUCCAAAAACAA